GGAAGAAGAACAUCGUUCAAUUCGUCGACCGGUCAAUUUCAUUUCUCGACGUUGUCUUCGACCUCACACCUCUCAGUCUCUUUUAGUCAAGAUGCCGUCUAUUAACGGAUCGACUUCUGUCAAUGGCAGUUCUAAGUUCCUUGAUUAUUCCAGCGCUGUUGAGACGCUGAAAGAAUACCAGUCUCGCGAUGGUCUGGCUAUUGAGGAUCUUGUUGACACCAAGCAGCGCGGUGGCUUGACGUACAAUGAUUUCUUAAUCUUACCAGGCUAUAUUGGUUUCCCUGCCUCAGAAGUCGCACUUGACUCGCCUAUUACCAAGAGAAUCACACUGAAAACCCCCUUCGUCUCAUCGCCUAUGGAUACUGUUACUGAGCAUGAGAUGGCCAUUCAUAUGGCUUUACAGGGUGGUCUUGGUGUCAUCCACCACAACUGCUCACCAGACGCCCAAGCCGACAUGGUGAAGAAAGUCAAGCGAUAUGAAAACGGCUUCAUUGUCGACCCUGUCGUCAUUAGCAAGGAGACCACUGUUGAGGAAGCCAAGGCCCUCAAGGAGAAAUGGGGAUUCGGUGGUUUCCCUGUUACUGAAUCUGGGAAGCUUGGUUCCAAGCUCCUAGGCAUUGUCACGAACCGCGAUCUUCAAUUCGAGGAUGACCUCCGCCAAACGGUCGACAAAGUUAUGGUGACCGACCUAGUCACCGCCCAGCUAGGUGUAACCCUUCCUGAGGCGAACAAGAUUCUUGCCAAGUCCAGGAAAGGCAAGUUGCCUAUCGUUGACAAGGAUUUCAACCUCGUGUCCAUGAUCUCCCGUUCCGACUUGACCAAGAAUUUGCACUUUCCGCUUGCGUCUAAGCUUCCCGACUCGAAGCAGCUCAUCUGCGCUGCCGCGAUCGGUACCCGUCCAGAGGAUAAGAUUCGCUUGAAGAAGCUCGUCGAUGCGGGACUUGAUAUUGUUGUCCUAGACAGUAGUCAGGGUAACAGCAUGUACCAGAUCGACAUGGUCAAAUGGAUCAAACAGGAGUACCCCGGCCUCGAUGUCAUUGGCGGAAACGUAGUGACUCGGGAGCAGGCCGCAAACCUGAUUGCCGCAGGAGUUGAUGGACUAAGAAUCGGAAUGGGCAGUGGAAGUGCUUGCAUUACGCAAGAGGUCAUGGCCGUGGGCCGUCCCCAAGCAGCUGCGGUGUACUCCGUUUCCGCCUUCGCGGCGAAAUUUGGAGUACCUUGCAUCGCAGACGGCGGUGUCCAAAAUGUCGGUCACAUCGUCAAGGGUCUUGCUCUCGGUGCUUCCACCGUCAUGAUGGGUGGUCUGCUGGCAGGCACAACCGAGUCACCGGGCACUUCAUUUGUCUCACGUGAAGGUAAACUCGUUAAGGCAUACCGUGGUAUGGGUAGUAUCGACGCCAUGCAGGAUAAGAAGGCCGGUGCUGGCAGUAAGAACAGCCAGGCUAGUAACGCGGGUACCGCCCGGUACUUUAGCGAGGGAGACAGCGUCCUUGUUGCUCAAGGUGUCUCUGGCGCCGUGGCGCAUCGUGGGUCGAUCAACAAGUUCGUACCGUAUCUGGCUGCGGGCCUGAAACACUCGCUGCAGGACUGCGGUAUGCGGAGUCUGAAAGAGAUGCAUGAAAGCGCAGCCAACGGCACUCUCCGGUUUGAGAUUCGCACUGCUAGCGCACAACUAGAGGGCGGCGUGAAUAUGGAAAGUUACGAGAAGAAACUCUAUGCUUGAUAAGCUCAGUAUGGAAAAGGAUGGGUUAGUGGAUGAGUAAAAAUUACCUACCUUAGGUAGUUAUGGGUUGAUGACAAGCCGGGUGGGUUGGUAUGGGACUUACGAAGAUUGAUAAUUACGGAACGGUCGGGACGUAAUGAUUUUCUCAGAUAGUCUUCGGUGCGGAAAACAAAAACAAAGUGAUACCUCUUCAUAGCUUUAUAUUGCAUGAUGAUGCGCGGUAGCUCAUCUCCCUCAUAGGCGUUUUAUGGCUAAAGGAGUCAGGUCAGGUCAGGUCAGGUUAGGCUACGGCGACUUGAUAGGGGGAAUUCAUGUCAAUUUUUAUACCUAGGCAUCUGGGAUACAGCAGCAUGGAUCAAAUCGGUUAAAUAAAAGCAGUUCAUGACUUAUUUUAUACAAGACAGCGAACA